CUUUUGGGCAUCAGUAUCUAUCAGUAUCUAUCUCGGUAUUCGUCAUGCACAAGUUGGUGCUCUGUUUUGUUCUGCUCGUCGUCGUCGGCGGUGGAUGGGCUUUCAAUCACGGCCAGGAUUUAACCGAUUUCGAGGCCUAUAAGACUAAGUACGGAAAGACCUAUCUGACCACAUCGGCCAACUCCUUUGCCAACUAUUACUUCAUCUAUAACCGGAACCAAGUGAAUCAGCACAAUGCGCAGGCGGACAGGAACAUCACCACCUACCGCGAGGCGGUGAACCAAUUCUCGGACAUACGCCUGGUCCAGUUUGCUGCGCUGUUGCCCAAGGCCGUCUAUCCAACCGUUUCGAAUGCCGUGCCUCCUGUGGCCACGCAGCCGGCGGCUGUCGAGUAUGACAUCCUCACGGAUCUGGGCAUUACCGUUACGGUGGAGGACCAGGGCGUGAACUGCAGCAGCAGUUGGGCCUAUGCCGCGGCCAAGGCUGUGGAGAUUAUGAAUGCAGUUGGGACUGUAAGCACAAUGCCGCAAUCGCUGUCCGCUCAGCAGCUAAUCGACUGCGCCGGAAUGGGCGUAGGCUGCAGCACACAGGUACCGCAAUCGGCCUUCGACUAUCUCACCCAGUACUCGCUGCUGUAUCCAACCGUGGACUAUCCAAACAACAUUAGCCUCAAGCAGCAGGGAAUGUGCCAGCCGCCCCCAUCGGUGGCAGUGGGCGUCCAACUGACCAGCUACUCGGUAGUGCCCGAUGGCGAUGAUACCGCACUCAUGCGUUAUGUGUCCAAUGACAUACCCGUUGUGGUCGAGUACAAUCCGGCGACCUUUGGCUUCAUGCAGUAUUCGAGCGGUGUCUAUCAGCCGCCCACCAAGGCCGCCAAGGCUGCCAGCUCUCAGUUUCUGGUGGUGGUGGGCUACGGCUUCGAUGCCGAUACCAAUCUGAACUACUGGAGGUGCCUCAACUCUUUCGGCACGGGAUGGGGCGAGCAGGGCUACAUCAGGAUUGUGCGUAGCGCCAGCCAGCCGAUCACUAAAAAUGCAAUUUUCCCUAACUCGUAAUGUUGUGGGGGUGGGGAACGAAAUAAAAUUUAAUUUACGAGUAAUAACCAAAAAGAAUACG